ACGGCAAGCAUGGCGGCGGCUCAUGCGGCAGCGGCGUCCCCCACCCACCGUGCCUCCGUUCAGGCGACGUCGACCCCGCCGUACCCCAGCGCGGCCCGGAUCGCCGACUCCUCCUGCUUCCCCCAGUACACCGCCUCCCUCAAGUGUUUGGAGACCAGCCAAGACAAGAGCAAGUGCCAGCAGCAGUUUGACGAUUAUAAGGAGUGCAAGAAGAAAGAGAGGGAGGCUCGGCUUGAACGAAACCGGAGCCGGACAUUAUUCGGGUGAACAUUGGAGGAGCACUGUGCUGUGAACCGAAGAGUUAAUGCUGGCGAACCAUGACGUGUUUGAUCUCCUGAUGUUACUUUUAAGUUAUUGAAGUUAAAAAUAGUGGAGCACUCUGGGUUCAUAGAGAUGUAAGAACAAGAUGGCACUAGAAAAUCUCUACAAUAAAUUGCUACUCCGAGAAACGACUGUACAUCGAAAGCCUGAAACCGCGUUGUCUUGACGUGGGGUCUUGAUCUUUGUAUUUCGAUGAUGUUUCUUGAUUCUAUGGUAUAUAUAUUUAAUUCUAACGAACGUGUAAGAGAUUAUAUACAAAAUAGCUGGGGAGAAUUCUUCUGAUUGCGAAGUUUCGUGGAACAGAGAGGAUGGUUGGUGGUUGAUCUGUUACAUCGACGUAAGCUACUUCUCAGUUAAGCAUCUCAUCUGAUU